AGUACUGCACAGCCACCAACCGUUCGCAAUGAUCAACUACAUUCUGCUCGUGUCGCGGCAAGGCUCGUCCAGUUUUCCAACGUCGCGACUGAACUUGAUGGUUUCCUGCCAGGGAAAGUGCGCCUGGCGAAGUGGUUCAUGACCGUCCCACCCAAAGCAAAAGCCAAAAUCGUGAAGGAUGUAACGCAACUGGUUCUGGCUCGCAGAACACGAAUGUGUAAUUUCCUGGAAUACAAGGAUACCAAGGUGGUCUAUCGGAGAUAUGCCUCUCUUUUCUUCGUCUGCGGGAUUGGUUUAGGGGACAAUGAGCUUAUCGCGUUGGAGAUCAUCCACCGUUACGUGGAAGUUUUGGACAAGUAUUUCGGAAACGUUUGCGAGCUAGACCUUAUUUUCAAUUUCCAAAAAGCAUAUGCUGUGAGUAUUCCCUGUACAAGUACCUGACUCCUGAUUAAACAUGACAGAUCUUGGACGAGCUAAUCAUCGCUGGAGAGAUGCAGGAAUCGUCAAAGAAGUCAGUCCUUCGUGUGGUGACGCAAGCGGACGGUGUUGAAGAGCAAGAGAACAGUGACGAUCUCAUUGGUCGUCUCGGAGGAGGUCGCAGCGGUUAGACACCCAUUGUCAAGUUUCUCAAACCAGUUUUACAUAUUUCCCGAAGGUCUUCUGGUUCACUGAGAUUUACAGUUGCUAGUUCUUCCAGCCUUGAAGCGUGCAAUUAGGGUACGAAAUUACAGGUUAUGAUUUUUUUGGGGUGACCUUGUUGAGGAUGUACCAUCGC